GCCACCAACUCCUGCUUCCCAGAAGCUAGAUCUGGACGAACAUGGCAGCAGUCCCGGUCUACAGCAUCACAAGAGCGGAGAUCGACGAGUUCUGGAGCAGGAAGGAAGUGGAAGCAGAGGAGCGGCGACUCGCUGCCGAGAAGGAAGCUGCAAGAAUCACGGCCAAGACACUCAAGAUGGAAGAUUACGUGCUCUACGAGCAAAUGGUCAGGGAGAUUCUCAUGGAGGGGAACGGAGGAGACGGAUCAGCCAUAGCGGCAGCUGCCACCGGUGGCACUACCGAGGCACAGAUCGUUGGCAUCAAACACUGGUGGACAAGGAGUGCUUAUGCUUAUCUGAACACGCCUGCCUUGUCCAUGGAUGGGAAUGGCAGAAGCAACAAGCAUGCUAAUGCUAUCCCAUACGUUCCGCAGGAGAGAUGUACCGCCAUAUUCUGCUCAUCAACUCCACGCCAGCCAAACGUCGAUGCUCUUGCCAUCUUUUAGGUGUCCCCGCCAAGGAUAAGCUGGGGCGUGGGGGAAUCAGGAAAUGUGGAUGUGAUUCAUGUGUCUGAUAAUAUUUUGGGUUCAAUAAGCUGCGACUUAUUUCCCAUAUGGAAUUUAAUUUAAUUGUAUAUCUAUCUUCCAGUAUUGCUUGAGAGAUCAAGUAACAAGUAUGGAUAAUCAUGUUGCUUCACGUAU